GGGGUGCAUAUCCUGAUGAAGCCAAAACAGUCAGACAGGCCGGGCAAACCAAGCCCUCCCUGCCUCCCUGUCAAAGACUUUUCUCUCACCACCACAUGCAGAUUUCUCAAUCCGCAUUCCGCCGUGCCGUAACACCACGGUGGGAUUGACCCCCGACUCACCUGCACGGCGCCGGCGGACCCUGAACGGCGACCAGCCUCCACCGGGAGACAAGCUCACUGUCACGGCCACGGCCACGGCGAGAUGAAGGACCAGAGGCCCACCUCUUCCUUUGCCAGCUGAACACCAUUGCCAUCAGGGCCCAUCGGUGUGCUCCCCAAUGGUGAAGCCUCUGGCUGGGGCCACGAUUCGUGAGCAGUCUCGACUCUCGGCUCUGACCGUGACAGCUCCACCUUCGCGCACCGCGUCGGUCGGGCGAGUCGGAAACGUCACUGGUUCUGAGCCUCAUCGCGAACACCGCCUUGUUCCUGGCUCGUAUUUCACCUUGGAUCGGACCAAAAGGCCCCUCCCUCGACCCAGGGCGGUCGGACCACGGCUGGCACGGCUAGACUACAUCCAGGUAGCGCCGCCAGUACUCCUUAUUACUGGUUACAGCGGCUGCGAUUCCGCACACACAGACUGACAGAGCACACCGUCCCUUUGUUGGCGACCGACUGCGCUGCCCGUGUGUGGCAAUGCAGUUGUGGUCUGGCAGUAUCAUCAUGACGACCCCACUGGUUACGACGCGCCCGGUCGGGAUCGCAUCAUGUGGCGCCCGAGACACACAACACCGGACUGGAGCCCUUGCUGCAGUCAGCCAGCUCAGGGACCUACAGGAGCAGACGCAACAGCCUGAGGCUCAUCAGGCCACUCCCGUUGCAGGCAGGCAGUAGAUGAUGACAGCUCCGGGCCUACGAUCCUCCUAUUUUUGGCAUCCCGAUAUGCAGGCCCGAGGCCCAACACCACUGCACGGCUACCGUGUAGCUGCUGCCAGCGAGCCUCUUGUCUGCAGCUGUCACACUAGAUCCAACGAGAUCUGUAGAGUCUUGGGAGCUGAAAAGUCCACAGUACCCUCCUGGAAAAGGACAGCAAUGCUAGAGACUGUGACUUGGUCCGCCAGACCAGAUAUGACAUCAGGAUGCCGAGUUCCGUCCCUGAGUUCCACUGUGCUCCGUAUGGGGAAAAUAGUCUCGAGGUUCUGUCUCGAUAGGCCGACGUGCCGACCUGAGGCUCGAGUUGUUUCGUUUGCCCAGAGGCCGAGCCUUAUCGAUAGCAGUGCCAAUGGGCUAGCGCCAAUGAUUGUCGCAGGGCCUGCAGGGCUGUUGCGGUGGCGGACAGGGGGCAUACGUAACCUCUCAAAGCUUCUGAUCUGGCAUUGGGUUUGUUGAAUCUUGAGUGUGUCGGCCAGCGCCAAGAACGGAGCAAGGCAGACAGACAUUCGCGCAUGUGAAGACCACCGGACCCGCUCCACCACGGCCCCGGACCUCCCUGGCUGCUGGCUGCUCAACAACCCACGACACUGAGACACUCGCACAGCUCUGACAGCUAGGGCCACACUGAAGAUCACUCUUAGCCAGGCGCCAUAGCUUUGUUGUCAUCCUCAACCAACACCCAACCACGCCGCCCCAAAACUCCAAACUCCACCGUCCGGGACCCCCAAGCCCGACCGCGAUCCCGACCGCAACCCCGGCCGUGCUCCAUGUCUAUGUCCCCCAUGACCGCCUAACUUGCGCACGCAAGUCACGCCAUGUCCUCAUCCCUCAAACCUCCCAGACCCGACCCCCUCGACGUGGCCCCGAAUGACGAACUGGACGACAAGGAGAACCUCAGGACUCUGUCGCGAUCGCCGCACCCGUACCUCCGUCACAAGUGGGAGAUCCUGGAGCCCUCCGACAGCUUCGUCUCCCGCGCCGGCUCCGUCCCCGUCCAUCACGCCCCUGGCGACGCGCGCGAACAGUUCACCCCCUCGCCAGCCUUCACAAAAGAUUCUACACCAAACACAGACAGCGGUACCGAGGCUGACGAUGAGAUCUUCGUGAAAAGACUGCCUGCGCCCCGCGCGCGGUUGCACAAGGGCCUCCGGGGGAGACCCGAUCCGCCGUCCGGGGUGGCCACCCCUCUCCUGACCCCUUCGCUCCCAGAUGGAGACAUCGGUACAAGUAGGGGGAAGGAACGGAGGGCAGAGGACGAGAAGAGGCAGAGCGCAGAAAGCGCAAGACGGCGCAAGGAGAUCGUCAGGCGAGCCACCGAGGUCUUGAUCCUGUCCGGCCUGGGGAGGCUGGUUGUCAGUAAUCCGGACGUGCGUCCCAUUGUCGCGUCGCAUCGGGAACGCCUCGUGCUACAGGGCGCAAUAUACGCCGCACUGCUGGCGCUAUAUCCUCUACGCGUAGCGCUCUGGGCUUACACGCGAGGAGAGCCACCCCGGAGGAGACUGCCUCUGAGUGUGCCCUCGUCUUUCGAUCCCGCCACACUCCUCUAUCCACCGGCGCUGCCGAUUCUUGUCUCACUCCUCACGGCUUCGAAUGUGAGGAAUGCGAUCCUCCCCAACCUCGUCCUCGGCAUCGCCUCCCUGCCGAGGGCACUAGUCCCAACCACCACCGCUGCCGAGACCUUCAGCCCUGUACAUUGGCUGCUCGCAAGCCUGCCUCUCCUCGCGUCCGAGAGCGGCUCACAAUGGUCGUCGAAAAAUGACUCCCAAUUGUCACUGUACCCUCGGGAAGCCCUGAUUCUGCUGUACCCGUUGCACCAGACCUUGUGCCUCGUCCUGCAUCACUUGACAACCACCAGUCUUUUGCCAGCGGAACUUCAAUUACUCUCGAUAUCUCUAAUCGAUCUUUUAAUCCUCUCAGCUUCACCACAAGCUGUAAUAUUACAGGCUAUCCUCUGGGUAGGUGGCCUCGGAGUUAUAGUCCUGUGUGGCCCAGUCAUCCGGUGGGGCAUAGCACUUGCCCGAGUACCAAAAUGGCGGUUCCGACGGGAGGUGCCACAUAGCAAACAACCUUCAAUAUUCACUUUGCUCUCGAGCGUGUUCUAUCGGAAGAGGCUCAGACUCGAACCAGGCUCGGACAACGAAGACUCCGGUGGGCUAUCUGGUUGCACAACCGACGAAGACGACAUCAAGAAGGCCUCUGCCAUCCGCCGCGCGUCAAUAUUACCAAACGAAAGUGGUCUGAGCGAGUUCCCCGGGCUGGCAAGGGCAGAUACAAACUCAAUGGCGGCAGGAAAAGAAGUGAAGGCCAGCCUGUCCAUCGAUCAAGAUGCUGAUGGGGCUGCGUUUCAGUCACCCUCGCGGCGGCACACAAUCCCUUUUGUGGACAAGUUCCUACCCCGGUCCAAGACUCACACGCCAUCAGGCCGGAGGAAGAGGUCUUCCUCCUUGACCGUACGUGCGUUCUUCUCGCUGACUCAGUCACAAGCCGCAACAAGAAAGUGGCUGUACGCUGGGUGGCUUUAUGCGGGCAUCGUCGUGGUCAUCCUAGGAGGCGUUCGAGCAUGUGUCCAGUACCAAGCGCUGGACGGCAAUGAGCCCAUUGGCUGGGCAUUGGGCUACAUCUUCGGUGAUCUUCCGUGGUUCAGGUUCCAGGUGGUUCAGGCCAAUCUCGAAAGAUGGAUAUGCCUCCCGCAUCGUGCUGAUGACGGCAACAAGUCUUGUUCUCUGGGCUGGGUCCAGCACCUACGAGAUGCCUCGAUCGGCGAGGCAAACACCAGGCUGGUGCUUGCCGCUUACUGGCUCAGUGUCAUCGCCAUCGGAUUACUCGUCGUCUUCCGGCUGUCCCCGAUCUACGAGGUCGACACCCGCCGCAAGGUCUUCCACUUCAUGAUGGUGGCCAUGUUCCUACCGGCAAUCUACGUCGACCCGGCCUGGUGCGCGCUGGCGCUCGCCAUCGUCCUCGCCAUCUUCCUCCUCCUCGACCUGCUGCGCGCGAGCCAGCUGCCCCCGCUGUCCAAGCCCAUCGCCAACUUCCUCCACCCCUACACGGACGGUAGGGACCACUGCGGACCGGUGGUCAUAUCCCACAUCUUCCUCCUCAUCGGCUGCGCCAUCCCGCUGUGGCUCAGCCUCGCCUCCCUGGGCCGGGCGGGGGCCGGCCACGCGCGGCGCGGCUGGGAGGUCCCGACGCGCGACCUGAGCAUGGUCGCGGGCGUCGUGUGCGUGGGGCUCGGCGACGCGGCGGCGUCGCUCAUCGGCCGCCGCUGGGGCCACCACAAGUGGCUGUGGAAGGGGGGCAAGAGCCUCGAGGGCAGCGUGGCGUUCGCGGCGGCCGUGUUCGCGGGGCUGAUGGCCGCCAACAUCUGGCUCAGGCUCGGCGGGUGGCCCGUCACGUCCCGGCAGCCGCUGGACCAGGGGGGAGGGCCGCGGGGCAUCGACGCGGUGCUGGCCGGCCUGCUCGGCGGCUGGGACUGGCCGGGCGUCCUCGGCAGGACGGGCCUGUGCGCCUCGGCGGCGAGCCUGACGGAGGCGGUCCUCACGGGCGGGAACGACAAUGUCGUCGUGCCUGUGGUGCUCUGGACUUGUGUCAAGAGCACGGGGCUGUGAAAGGGGGGUGGUGGGAUCGCUGGCUCGUUUCGACCACGGCUCCCUUUCUCUCACUAUGGAUCGAUCGGCUCGGCAGCUGAAGAAGCGAUAUGGGAUCGAAGGCAGCGUCUUUUUAACAUUCGUGUUCAUAUCAAGGGCUUUGAUGGGUUUACUAGGCAUAGAUACCAUGAGAUUUCGCAGCCCCACCCCCCGUAGCGUCAUUCAACAAACAAAGAUAAUUUAUCAACCA